UAGGCAGUUCAGCCGUGUGGCUGCUGCCGAGAGCCCCGCGACACGAGUUGCAAGCUAUCAUCAUAUCAAGUCUUGGUCUUGUAGGCACGCGUAAACUCCCGCGCGGAUCUAUUAUAGACCUACUGGCGCGCUCUCGCUUUAUCUCGCGUGGCUCCCUUGUUUUCUUUAAGCACAACGCCAUGUGCCAGUCAAGCUUUGUACGACAAAUUGAAAAGUCUUUGUUGCAUUGAGGGAAAAAAAAGGCGCGCUCCGAUUUUCAAUAUUUGAGGCACUCGCUGCCGCAACGACAACAAAAGAGAGUGUGAGAAAGGAGGACAGGGGGUGGCGCGGGCAGAAGAGCCUGGCCAGAAAUGAGAGGAGAGUGAAAGCUCGGAUCGGAGAGCUUGAGAGCGAAAUAGUGCAAGUGAAUAACUAGGCGCCGAUAUAUAGACGAUGAGGCGAUAGUUGAGGAGCUCGGUGCUAGAGGCGGCUUCAGCCGCAGGAGCAUUGAACUUGUUUGAAAAUCCUCGGGCCAGAGGUUGAAAGACACAACAGGAGCGAAAGGCCAAUAGCCACAAAAGCCGAAUCAUGACCAAGAGGUUCGAAUUUAACUGGCAGAUUGAAGUGCCCGAGGCGCUCAGGGCUGGCAGCGUUUUCGAUCGAUGGACCGAGGAGAAAGACAAUAUGGAAAUAGAGCUCAACUGCACUUUCAAAGUAGACGAAUACGGAUUCUUUAUCUACUGGCAGAGUGAGGGAAAGGAUGGUGACGUCAUCGAAUUGUGUCAAGUGAGCGACAUACGCGCAGGUGGUGUGCCGAAGGAUCCAAAGCUGUACGAUAAACUCCUGAACAAGCACGGCGAGCAGCUCGAGGAUAAGAGCCUGACAAUCUGCUCGGGCGUCGACUACACCAACAUCAAUUACCAGCACGUCGUCUGUCCGGACCCCACCACGGCCAAGACGUGGUUGAACGGCAUUAGGCGCAUCACCCACAACGUCAAAGCCAACAACGUGUGCCCGCUGACGUGCCUCAAGAAGCAUUGGAUGCGGCUUCGGAUGCUCGUCGAUCCGAAUAAAAAGGUCCCAGUCAAGGUGGUUGCCAGGACUUUUGCUUCCGGAAAAACGGAGAAAUUGGUGUAUCAGUGCCUUUCUGAUCUAAGUCUACCCAGUGGCAAGAAUGAUGUGAUAGAGCCAGAUGACUUCACAUUCGACGCGUUUUAUGCACUUUAUCACAAGAUUUGUCCCAGAAAUGAUAUCGAGGAGCUAUUCCAAUCCAUAACCCAAGGAAAAGCUGACACAAUCAAUAUGGAACAGUUAAUAAUAUUCUUGAAUGAGAAGCAGCGAGAUCCGACGCUCAACGAAAUUCUUUACCCUUUUUACGACGAGAAGAGAGCAACGGAAAUCAUUAACGACUACGAGAAAAAUGAGACGGUGCGGAAUCAAAGACGCAUGACCAAGGACGGCUUCAUUAGGUACCUGAUGUCAGACGAGAACGCACCAGUGUUUCUGGAUCGUCUGGAUGUUUACAUGGAUAUGGAUCAAUCGUUAGCGCAUUAUUAUAUUAACUCGAGUCACAAUACUUACCUUAGUGGUCGGCAGUUUGGUGGUAAAAGCAGCGUGGAGAUGUACAGACAAGUUCUAUUAGCAGGUUGUAGGUGUGUCGAACUGGAUUGCUGGGACGGAAAAGGAGAGGACGAGGAGCCAAUAAUAACUCAUGGCAAAGCCAUGUGCACCGUUAUUCUCUUCAAAGAUGUGAUAUAUGCCAUUCGAGACACAGCCUUCGUUACCACGGACUACCCGUUAAUUCUGAGUUUUGAGAAUCACUGCAGCAAGGCCCAACAGUACAAAUUAGCCAAAUAUUGCGAUGAAGUUCUUGGUGAUCUUUUGCUGAAAGAACCCUUGAAGGAAUACCCGUUAGAACCAGGUGCGCCACUUCCACCGCCAAGUGCAUUAAAAAGAAAAAUCCUAAUAAAGAACAAGAGGUUGAGUCCUGAGGUUGAAAAACAGGAGCUCGAACUCUUCAAGCAGGGUCAAUUCGUUAUAGAGGACGAUUUCAAGGAAGAUGCAAGUGCUCCACCAACCGUCACUCCCAUAGUCGAGCAGCAAUCGGUAAAGGACGACGUAGCGAACGAUCCAGUAGCCGCAGUUGCAAUGGGCCAGCUGAAACUGUCGCAGCAGAGUGAGAGCCUUGAACUGGUGGUAACUCAACCUUACACCGGUAGUACGACGAAUGUACAUCCUUGGCUUUCGUCAAUGGUGAACUACGCACAACCUAUAAAGUUUCAGAGCUUCGACGAAGCCGAGCAAAAAAAUUUUCACCACAACAUGUCAUCCUUCUCGGAGGCAACUGGUUUGAAUCUUUUGAAAACAUCGGCCAUAGAGUUUGUGAAUUACAAUAAACGCCAAAUGAGUCGAAUUUACCCUAAAGGCACACGAGCUGAUUCAUCAAACUACAUGCCACAAGUUUUUUGGAACGCUGGAUGUCAAAUGGUUUCGCUGAACUUCCAAACAUCUGAUUUGCCAAUGCAACUGAAUCAAGGAAAAUUUGAAUACAACGGAUCCUCGGGCUACCUACUCAAACCAGAUUUCAUGAGAAGAGCCGAUAGAAGUUUUGAUCCUUUUGCGGAAAGUCCUGUUGAUGGUGUGAUUGCGACACAAUGCAGCGUUCAAGUGAUAGCCGGUCAAUUCUUGUCGGACAAAAAAGUCAGCACCUACGUUGAAGUUGAGAUGUACGGUUUACCCACCGACACGAUACGCAAGGAGUUCCGAACACGCACAGUUCCUGCCAAUGGGCUCAAUCCAGUAUACAACGAGGAGCCUUUUCUAUUCCGUAAAGUUGUACUGCCCGAUUUGGCAGCCUUGCGCUUCGCCGUCUACGACGAAUCCAAUGGCAAACUACUGGGACAGAGAAUUGUACCUCUGGAUGGGCUACAGGCUGGCUACCGGCACAUAGCACUAAGAACCGAGGCCAACUUUUCCAUGUCUCUACCGAUGCUGUUUUGUAACAUCGAGAUCAAAAUUUAUGUGCCUGAUGGCUUCGAAGAAUUCAUGGAUGCCUUGUCUGCUCCAAGAGCCUCAAGAAAAACGGAAGCACUACCACCAACGAAGAUACGUGGACUUGGAAUUGAAGAAAACGACAACAAAAAUAGCAUUGAACCUAUGCAGUCACGAUUCCCAGAAGCUGCGAAACCUAGAGAAGAAUUUAACUUUGAGCCAGUGACUAUGGAGACACUACGGCACGAAAAGGGUUACACAAAAGUAACGAGGAAGCAGCAAAAAGAACUGGAGUCUCUCAAAAGAAGGCAUCAAAAAGAAAGGUUUUCUGUGCAAAAACAACAGUGCAGUUCAAUAGAAAAACUCAUCAAGGGAAAAAAUCAAGCUGAGCUCUCACGCGACCCAACGAUCCGACAAGCUGUUGCCGAACAGACGUCCCAAUGGUCUCGAUUAGCGGAGCGCCAGCGCCGAGAGGAGCGGGACCUGGUCCAAGCUCACCUGGAGGAGCGAAAGAUUCAACUCCGCAAGCUCUGCGUCGUGGUCCAACAGACGCAGCAAAAGCAGUUAAACACCCGUCAUGAGAAGGAAAUCAAGGAGAUGAAUGCGAGACAAGCUAGGCUAUCGGUGGAGAGCAUGCGGGAGGUCAUGAACGACAAAACGCUCAAGUCGAAGGGAAUCAAGGAAGGAAGGCUGAGAGAAAAGCAACAGAACAAUACGAAGAAGUUCAUGGAGGAGAGGAAGAUGGCCCAGAUCGUGCAGAACAGGGAGAAAGAGAAACUUAAGACCAUUCAUGAGAAGCAGUUAGAAGAGGUGCAGAAGGAGAUGAAUGGGAUAAUGGAUAUGUAUAAAAAUGAAGAAAUGGAAUACGAGUUAGGACCAAAGAAGGAAUUUUAUGCAUAACCCUUCAAAAUGGCUGUUCAUAAAAGAGUUCUUUUGUAGAAAACCUAAUGAACUAACAAUGGGAUCAAGUUUUUUCAGGAGACAAAUACAUAAAUAAAUAACUUUUAAAAAACUUAUUGAAAUGCACGGUACGAGAGACCGAGCCAGUCGGUAUAGAAAUAGUGGACCCUCGUUUCCGUAAUAUUUUUUAUACAAAAAUUUAUUUCGAUAAUUCCAGAGGAAAUAAAAAGAAUUAUUAAUACAAGGCUUACAUAGUUCGUAAAGUGAGCAUGUUAAAUUGGAUAGUUUAGGAGUCGUAGUCAUAUACAAAAAUGGAUCUAGUCAUGUUUUAUUUUCUCCGUUAAAUUGUAAUGUUAAUUAGAAUCUAGAACAUUGGUAUUAACACAUAAGUAAAAACGUAAAUUAUUAUUUACACUAGUGCUAAAAAAAAAUAUACAUAUAUAUACACAUAUGUAUGUAGAAUGUAUAUAUAGUGGCCGUAACUUUACUGGUUACGGCGUAUUUUUCUCGAUUUUUUAUUGUCUUCUUGAUUGUCUCGACAAUUUUCUUAAAAAUUUUCAAGCCAGUCAAAGUACGUGAAAUAUAAUAAAAUGAAGUAGCAAACUUUUUUCCUACGUUGUAGUUAAUCAUUUCUAUCAGAUAAAAAAUAUGUGUGUGUAUUAGAAAAAAAAUUGUUUACCCAGUAUUUCAAUUAGAAAAAUUUUCAAACAUGGCGAAUCCAAUUCUAUCGGUUCAAGGAUUACAUAUUGGUAUUUGGAUUUAUCAAAUUAUCUUAUAAUAAUUAAAAAUUUAUUUUUACAGUUGUAAGUAAAAACUAUACAAAUGUUUUGAGCUGACGAUCCUCGAUAAGAGUUAUGGUGAAUCAAAGUAACAAAUGUAUGUGAAGUAAUGACGACCGUAUUAGCGUCGUGUACACAUUUCCGUUAUUAAGUUUGAUAACUUUAUUAAGACAAAGCCAGAAAGAUAAAUAACGUAGUUCUAAAAAUUUUUCAUUAAAUGUUUAAUUAUAAUAUAAUUUUGGACAAGAAAAAUAAAAUUCUCGAUAUUUUAUGAUAAACUAGAAGAAUUAAUAUCGUAUCGAACUUUUGUAAGUGAAGUUUGAAUACUAGUUAUUCAGCAGUAAAAAUCACACUUUCUCGUAUAUUUAUUUUUUACUUAAUAACCUAUUAUAAUUGCUUGGAUAGUAAAAAUAACUUGUUAAUCAUGGCAUAAUAAUUUUAUGCUCAUAUAUAACGGUACAAGACAAAGAUGCAGUACAAACCAAAUUAUGUUUAUAUACUGUAAGAUUAUCAUUGUAUAUAAAAAAUCCUUGUCAAUUUAAAUAAUUCAAAGCUAAAAAAAAACAAAAUGAAAUGAAGAUCACGACAAACAUUACACUAUUAAAAAAAAGACAUAUACUUAUUCAUAUGAAGUCUUAAAAGUACUAAUAGAAGUCUUUUCAUCAAAAAUGUAAGAGCUAAAAAUCAUAUAGAGCAAAGAGAUUUUUAUUGACAAACAUCUGCAAGUAAACAAUAAGUAAAGAAAAAGCAUUUAUUGAAAACUAAGUUUACGUAGGUUUCAUCUAGUUUGAAUGUUUAAGUAAAAACGCUUAGAUAUUUGCUUUCUUGUAAAAUAUUUGCAAAGAUUGUAUCCAUGGUAAUCUAUCAUUCUGAUCUUUUGCAAUCAUAUGAAUAUAACAAUAAAUAGUCGCACUUUUUAUAUUGUACUUUAUUUUUGUUUAUUAUCUUAAUCACAUUUAUAUUUGAAGUUGAUAUGAUAAACCAAAAAUAUAGUUUAUACAAAUUUUACUAGAACUGUUUACUAGAAAUUAUACAUGAUUGAAAAUAUAAUAUUAA